CCGUCGUGCACCUCGCAGGGCGGACAGCGCUUCCUUGUCAAGAUGGCGGCUCCCUUAACUCUGCUGUUGAUUGUGGCCGUUACGAUCCGUGCCGCUCUGUUCCGGUCCAGUUUGGCGGAGCUGAUUGCAGAGAGGGUGGAGGUGGUGUCGCCGAUAACCGCCUGGAAGAGAGUUGUUGAAGGUUUGGCUCUGCUUGAUUUGGGAGUUUCACCAUAUUCUGGAGAUGUUUUCCACGAGACUCCUCUCAUCAUCUACAUGUUCCACUUUUUGGUGGACUACGCAGAGAUCACAUUUAUGCUGGCCGACGUGAUCACCGCUGUGGCUCUUUACAUGGCAGUGAAGGAGUACAACAAACAAGUGUUCAGAAAGCAGAAGUUUGCUUUGGAGGCUGACCGCUACCCCAUGGACUCUCUGGAGCUCAUCAGAAGCCCCAAAGAAAUGUACUACAUCCCUCUGAAAGUAGCCAUGUUUUACCUGCUGAACCCGUUCACCAUCUUAUCCUGUGUCGCCAAGUCGACCUGUGGCCUGAACAACGCCGUCCUCGCCCUCUUCUUCCUCUCCACGAUAAAAGGAAAUGUCUUACUGAGUGCCAUAUUCCUUUGCUUGGCCACUUAUCAGUCCAUCUAUCCCAUCACCCUGUGCGCUCCUGCCAUGCUGUAUUUUAUGCAGCGUCAGUACAUCCCAGUGAAUUUCCGUCGGGUCAGCUUCUGGUGGUUCAUCGUGCAGUAUCUCUUCAUGUACCUCGGCAGCUUGUUUGUCCUCAUCUGUCUCUCCUUUUUCCUGCUCGGCUCCUGGGACUACCUGCCCUCCGUCUACGGCUUCAUUCUCUCGGUUCCUGACCUCACUCCGAACAUCGGCCUAUUCUGGUAUUUCUUUGCCGAGAUGUUUGAACAUUUCCGCCUCUUCUUCCUCUGCGUCUUCCAGAUUAAUGUUUUCUUCUACACCAUCCCUCUGUCCAUCAAACUCAAGGAGCAUCCCGUCUUCCUGAUGUUCAUGCAGUUAGCUGUGAUCUCCAUCUUUAAGUCGUACCCCACUGUGGGAGAUGUGGCACUCUACCUCGCCUUCCUUCCUGUCUGGAGUCACCUGCACAGAUUCCUGAGGAACAUCUUCCUGGUGUCCUGUGUCUUGCUGGCCUGUUCGACUCUGUUCCCGGUUCUCUGGCACCUCUGGAUCUACGCCGGCAGCGCCAACUCCAACUUCUACUAUGCCAUAACUCUGCUCUUCAACGUGGCGCAGAUCCUGCUGGUGUCAGAUUAUUUCUACGCCUUCUUGAGGAGAGAGCACCACCUCACCAAUGGGCUGUACCUGAAGAGGAAGGACGGCUCUGAGGCGACGCUGAUUCUCAAAUAAAACGCACCCGUGUUUCCUCUGAAGGGAGGAAUAAACUCGUCUUCUUUUUAUCCUCAGAGGGAACAAACAAAAACUGAAGGAGGGUAAAAGACUUUCAGACUUCCUGUGGUCCUCAAACAGAUCAAAACGCCACACGCAGAACGUGCGCACGGUACAGCGUCACAUGCAAACAAUAGCACUGCAACAUACAACAUGACAGAAGUGUGGGAUGUCGACAUGUGGCUUACUCUGAAGCCUCACCUCCACCUGUAACCUCCACCUGUGGUUUCUUCCUGUAAGCCACUCUGGAAAAGUUUAUUUUUUGAUGCUUUGUUCUUCUUGCAGCUCCAGGUUUUAUUUUAAAGCACCAGCUGUCGUGCUGAAGGAAAAACCUCUUUUAUUUGAUCAUUCUCGCCCACGUGCACGCUUUUGUGUUUUCCUAAUUGCCUUUUUGUUAAAAGUGGCAUCUGUCGUGGUCAGAGGAGAAAGAAAAAGCUAUUUUUAAGAGCUUAGAAACCUUUAGUUUCUCACCAGUUUAACAGUGUUUGCCUUUUACAGUCUGCUCUUCAGUUCUCGUUUAUCUAAAGUGAUCUAAAGUAAAAACCAGUUAAACCUCAUUGUGUUGCAGAACACUACUUGAGAUUUUGAUCAGAAACUGGAAAGUUUUUCUGGCGAGAAGCUGUGUUUGUCAAACAUCAGAUAAUAACAACUACCGAGCAGGAAAUGAAGACUACAGUGAAUAUGUUGACAACUGAGUUGCUCGAGUUUGGCAUGUUUGGAGAGCAGAAACAGAUAAUCAUCAUUAAGCUUUGGUGGAGGGUUGGAGACUGGUCCCAGGAAGAACACACAUAAUAAUGGAUCCAAAUAUUUAUGAUGGUUUUGGUUGUAGAUUUAAAUAUCAUAGAGGAGUGGAGUCUGAAAUGUAAAGGGCCUUUCUUCUUGUUGUUGUUUUGGACCAAGUUAAAGAGCCUCAGUGAGCUCGUGUUUUCCACUUUCAUAUUUAACCCCAAAUAAUUCACCAAAUGAAUCCCUGCUUUACUCGUAUUUCUGCAUGUCAUCAAGGUUAUUUAUUUAGAUCAAAUUUGUAAUUAACGUUAAAAAAUGAACUCAGAUGUCUGUUUAGUGAAUAUAAAGGUACCAACAGGCAAAAAAGUGUCAAAUGGUUAAUUAGUUAUAUUUAAAAAGUAAAUUAAAACCAGCUGUUUAUUUUCCAUCUUUAUGUCCUUUAUAUUUACCAUAUUGACGUGUGAGUGGAAUCAAUCUGAACAUCUUCGCAGAUGAAAGGACAACUACAUGCAUGUUUAUUAGACAGUGUCUCAAAUCCACUCUACACACUCAUUCUGUAACAGUAUUUGUUACAUACAUACUAUUAAAAUCCCACAAAAACAGAAUUACUAUUUUAUACUUACAGGAAAUUAUACAGCAAGUCAGAUCCAAUAUAUUUGUUUUGCAGUACAUAUCAUAGAAGUGCCAAAACCUGCAGUUCCUCUAAUGUCCACUAGAGUCUGGCUGUAAUGAGUCAGUCCCCAUAGGCUCCCAUGUUAAAAUGUCCAACUUUACAGCACAAAUAAAAAUGCUUACAGACAAGUGCAUGCAUAGUUUUGGCUAACUAGUUUCCUCCUUCAUAAGGUGUUUGUAUUUUUAAUGACUCGUCUGUUUAAUUUUUAUUUGGCUUAAAGUUUUGAUGCUGUUGCUGCUUUCACUCUCAGGCGGGUAGAGUUAUAGGCGUCACCUUGGCUAACUGAGUCUGAACCGGACCUUUUGACUGUGUUUGUGCUGUUGGUGCCUUGUGGAGCAUUUUUAAUGGCGGUAUCUGACCUGCUUUGGUACAGACCAUUCAAAAAGUGUGCUUCAGCGUUGGUGAAUGAAAUACUAAUAUCUGCCUGUACUAAGCACUAAUAGCAGGUACGAGUGUCUGAGAAACUGCACUCAGUUUAUGAAUGAAGUUGUUUUUUUUGUUCAAAGGUUUUCGUCAAACUGCAGCCAGAUUCAACCACAGCAACACUUUGAACACUGAUUCAGUCACUUUGCUGGUGUGACUUCACUACAAACUCAGACUCAGCUCAGAAACCGUGUAUGAUGGAAUUGGGACAUGAAAUCAAAGUUUUGUUUUGUUUUCUGUUCAUUGACGAUUUCUCGUUGUAACGUAAAAUAAUUUUAUCGGCACCUGUGAACAACCAUGUUUGCUUUCAGUAGAUGUUGGGAAACAUGCAGUUACAUUAAAAAUGAAAAACACAUCCUGUGUUUGUGUCUGUAAACUCUACCCACUCACUGCCCAGUAACGUGACAACAGUCUGUUUGUUUUGGGCAAAUAGCAACUGUUUUAAUGCCAAUGAUUCAUUUUUGGUGUAUUUAUUUGCUGCACUGAAACAUUUGCUCAGAGAUUUUGUUUUGUGAAAAAGGAGCUCUGUGUUGUUUUGAUACUGCGUGUAUGUACGAGUUUGAUUAAAGUUCAGGGUUUACAAGGGCCGACGUUACGUUUGAUCCGUGAUUGUCAUAAAUGUUGAUUAAUAAACUCCGGGUGCUGGUUUA